GUGGCCCAUUCUGGGCCCGUGUACCUUGGGGCCGCGCCUCCUCCCGGUGUUGCUUGCUGGCACACACUCCCCGAAAACCAAACGAAAACCAAGGAUUUCUCUCCACGACCAGCGGACCGAUUCAACCAGCCCAAACCCGACGAGACCUAUGCAGAAAACACGAUGCUUGUGAUGGAGCCUUGAUCUGUUCUUGUUGGAGAUAUGGCGGUGGCGUGGGAGCACGCUUGGCGCGCGUUGGCUGCAAGGCUCUGCAUCCCCUCACGGGCGCAAUGUGCGGGUGGCACUACGGGGGCACUGCUGGAGGACGACGAGUCGCCGGAUGCUCUGUCCCCUGUGCCGGUGUGCAAACAGGCGGUGUCGAGGUCCGGGAGUCGGAGCUCAACGGAGCUAUGCGCGAUUUGCCUGGGUGGCAUGAGGCCGGGGCACGGCCAUGCGUUGUUCACCGCGGAAUGCUCCCACAAGUUCCAUUUUCGAUGUAUCUCAUCCAACGUGCAGCAUGGCAACCGUGCCUGUCCCAUAUGCCGUGCCGUCUGGAAGCAUCUACCUCUCCCAGCCAAAGCGGAUGCUACUCCACUGGAUUGGCCCGAUGAUCAGCUUCCCGUCUCCUGUGCGCCGGAUUUGAGCGUUUUCGAAUCUAAGACUACGAGUGGAAAACGAGAGGAGGACGCAGUUGGGGCUUCUGGUGUUGAGGUCGUGUCGUUCGCUGAAUUCCCAUACAUUCAGCGGAGCGUGACAUCGGAGAAGUUUGACAUCCUGAUCCACCUGAAGGCUCCGCGUCCGCCGGCACCGUCUGCGAGCUCACACACCGGGGCGGCGAUCGACAUUCUGGCGGUGCUCGACCUGAGCGGCAGCAUGGCGGGCAAUAAGCUCGCGCUCUUGACGCGCGUUCUGAGCUUCGUGAUCAAGAGCCUUGGCCCGAACGACCGGCUCUCUGUCAUCGCCUUCCGACAUUCGGCUUGGAGCCUCUUCCCAUUUCGGAAGAUGACCGCGGCUGGGCGGCGGCAUUCGUUCCAGGCCCUCGCCGACGGACUCCCUGUUGCCGGCGGCGUCUCGAAUGUCGCCGAGGCUCUGCGGAAAGCAGCGUGGGUGACGGGGGACCGGCAGGUCAGGAACCCCGCAUGCAGCGUCCUCCUUCUCUCCGACGGCCUAGGCGGCCGUGAAGCCGCGACGUGGCAAUGCGGUCGGCCAAGCCUGGUCUACGACGCGCUCGUCCCGCGCUCCAUCUGCCCGGGGUCAGGGCACCACGUGCGGGUCCACGCCUUCGGCUUGGGUGCGUACCAGGACUCUGCGGUGAUGCGCGGCAUCGCUGAGAUGUCCGGCGGCACGUUCUCCUCCAUCGACACGGUGGGAGAGAUCCCGGACGUGGUUGGUCGGUACAUCGGUGGCCUGCGCAGCGUGGUGGCGCAGGAGACACGGCUGAGCUUCCACUGCGCGGAGCAAGGCGUGCUGCUCACCUGCGUCGCGUCCGGCGGCUACGCCAGCACUGUAGACGGUCACAAGGGUGGCGAGUUCGUCGACGUCGGCGACCUUUACGCCGGAGAGGAGAGGAACAUUCUGGUCACAGUACACGUCCCAACCACGCAUGGAAAAGACUCUGCUCUGCUCGUGCCGAGCUGCACCUACCGGGUCGCGGUCACCAUGGAGACUGUCUGCAUAGAAGGUGACACGGUGAUCGUCCAUCGCCCUCGGCAUCCGGUGAGCCCAUCUCCGUUGUCAGUCGAGGUCGAGCGUGAGCGGCACCGCAUCAGCGCCAUGGAGGGCAUGGCCAUGGCGUGGAACGCCGUGGAGCUAGGCGACUUCGUGCACGCAGCAAUGAUCUUGGAAGGGCGCCGUGUGGAGCUUGAGUCAUGGGCGUUGUUGUCGGUGGACGCGCCGACUCUGGCGCUGGUCGCCGAGCUGAGGGAGUUCCAGGACAGGUUGGGGACAAGGCAACGGUACAAGCGGUCCGGCCGCGCGUACAUACUGGCCGCCCUGAACGCUCACCCGUGGCAGUGCGUCACGGCAAGCGGCGGCGACUCGGGGGUUCUCGCCGGCCUCACCCACACCUACUAGGCGCCCGGUAUGUUGGACAUGCUGCAUCGGUCACAGUUGCUCCUGCCCGAAGCCGUCGAGGAGCUGACCCGCUCGACGCCGGUGGCGCCAUCCAGCAUCCUCACCUUGCCGGUCGGUCAGGACGACCAGGGUUCUC